CGGCCCACUGCCAGCCCACAGAGAUCAGAAGAAAUGGAUCGACGAGCCUCUCUGGACGACAGCUACAACGACCAAGCUCUCCCUAUCCCCAUACAGCUCUUUCUAUGGCGGCAACUCGGCCCUUUCAUCCGCCCAAAGCUGGGAAAGCUACACGAGGCCUCUUGUAUGUUCUGCCAGCACGCUCCUGGCCAUCACGAGCUGAAAGAAGCAUGCAAGUCUUUUGAGAAGGUGUUGGUACAAAACAUACAAAUAGGCCUUUCUCCGAGCCUGGCAGAAGCAAUAAGAACAAUACCAAGAUGGCGACUGAUACAGGGUGCAUUUCCUCAUGUCAUGCACUGUGCUGCAUCAUUGCUCCACAACAGGAAGGAUACAAAUCUCCAGAAUUUAGGACAAGCUGAGACAAAGCUUCUCUAUACACUACAUUGGAUCAUUUUGGAUGCUGCAGAGGAAUGUGCUGAUGCAGACUAUGAGAAAGGAGUGUAUCAUUCAUCUCCUUUUUACUACUUAUUUUCCAUACCAUGUAUAACAUUGUUUGUGUAUCUGUUUGCACCAAUCUGUCACAACUUGAAGGAGUCAGAUUUCCAAAAUUUUAGACUGGAAAAUGGAUUGAAAAUGUGGCAAGCACUUUGGGAUUAUCAGCAUCCAGAUACAGCAUGCUUCACAGCUCAUGUGAAACCUAAACCUCGUUCUCUCUGGGCAAAGAUGGUUCGAGGUCCGCAGCCACAAUUUGGAGAUGUCUUUCUUGGACGAAAAUGUUCAAAUGAAGAAGGAGGAUUUCAAGGAGCAGAGAGUCCUCCAAGUCAGUCAGUCAGUGUAUCAGGAUGUGAACCAACAGGUGCUGUAAGAAUGGAAGGGAAAUCUGUUGAUGAGGAAGUAACAUGGCUAUCAUCACCAAAGGACACCAUCUUUCCAGAAACGAUUCCAGAAGAAAGUUCCAGUACUGAAGAAGAACAUGUUGUGAUUUUCCGGUUGCCUUCCUUACCAGAGACAGACAGCAUAAAAGAAGCCCCAAUAUACACUGCAGAAGCAAGUAUUUUUCAUGUUGCAAUGGGUCGCAAUGCAACAGCUUCAAGAGCAACUCUUACAAUCGAGCAAGUGACUGCAAUUUCUGGUUCAGACACCAAACAGUUGAGAGCAAAACCACCAAUGCAAAAAAUGGGUUCAUCCACUGACAGAGAGUCCUUGGGAAGUGGGAGAAGCUAUCCUAAACCUGGUCCUGCUGCUGCGAGUAUUAUGAACGGACCUGCUGACUUGUGUGCAGCAACUUUUCUUGAUGUAUCUGUCUUGCGUUGCUUGUUCAUAUCCCAAUGGCAGGAAGAGGGUGUCUACUGGGCUUUGCAGUUCUACUAUCACAGACUGAAAGCAAUCGCUGAAGAUUCUUCAUCUCAUCAACAGCCAAGAAAAAGAAGCAAUUCCUUGCCAAUACCCAAAAUUGAAGUAUCUCUGUACCAAAGUCCAGAACUCAAAAAGAGAGAAUCAAAAGAUUUAAUAGAAGUUCCUGAUAUAAAAGAUGUGUCUCUGCUGACAGAAUCACCAUACUUUGGUCGGAAACAAGUUGAUGAGCAAAGUCCUCAUGUCAGGCGAGCUAGUGAAAAAGUAAAAAAGAAGAAGAAGAUGGCAGAUUUGAAAGCAUUUGUUGAAACAAAAUUGUUGUCAAAAUCUGAAAAAACGUUAGAAAAGAUUGGUCGUGACGAAUCAAAGUCCUUGUUUGAUCACGAAUAUAACAGGAGCCUGGAUACAGGCGAUGAAACUCUGACUCGACCCUGUUCAGCUUUUGCAAAGAUCUUUGAACCAAAGACAGAACAGGACAAGGUGAAACCACCUCCCAGUAAUCUAGUGAAGGGAAAAAGUAUGCCUAGUCUCAGAUACAUUGGUGAAGUUCAUCCUGAUCGUAACAAGCAGGUGUGUGGUCAGCCUGGAAACUUACCUCAUGGAAAUCAAAACCCCAUCAUCACUGUGACAGAACAUACCCCAACUCCAUCACCAGAUUAUUUAAAAAGACAGGGUUCUGUUGACAGUCAGCUUGAUGCUAUAAGCUUGCAAGGAAGUUUGUUGAACCAAGAACGUAAACCAAGUCUAACUCGUUCUCAGACAGAUUCAAAUAUAACCUAUGCUGGUGAGGAAGUUCCUGAGGCUCAAGGAUCUGCAUGUUAUAUCACAAAAGAAGGAAACAUAGACUACCGAGUAGUCUUACAGGCAGUUCAUUGUGCUGCAAUGCGAGAUAAUGUAUGUUGCACUCUUCGUGUAUGUGAAGUGAUUCUCAACCUGUUAGAGCUUCUCAUAGAACUUGGAGUGCUGAAAGAAUGUGAAAAAGGAUCAGGAAAAGAAAAAGUGACAGGAACUAGUAGUAAUGUGGCUCAUGAAGUGAAAGCAACAGAGGCAGGACCAUCUGGCAUAAAACCAUUGUCACCUCACACAAUGGCUAUGAGUAGCAUUACAAGAGUCAUCAAACACCUAGGUUGCCCACAUGGUUGUGGAGAUAGCCAAAGAGGACCACCAGCAGACUUCCUACGCUCACAAGUGCAGUCAUUAUUAGGGAAGCUUCACCGCAUAAAUCAGAAAAUGUUUGCUCAUUUCUUGCGUGAGCUUGUACGUCGUCAAACUGUUUCUGAUACAAUUGAUUUAUUCCAUGCGUAUGUUGGAUUCUGUGUUGACCCCAGUUCAUUGCUGUCACCUCUCAACAUAUGUGGUGGACGUGCUGACCAGAAACGUAACUGCAGUAAGUCUCCAGAUGCAGGUGCACAAGGCGGUUAUGCAACAAAUUUUGGUGCUGGACUUGCUGGAGGUGGCAGUCGAGGAGUUGAAGGACAUGUUAUAGCCAGUGUCUUCAAAGCACUUGUAACACGUCUUGUAAACUCACACAAGGACCUCAAAACACAGGAAAAUUUAGCAUUGUAUGGAGAUGUGCGGCAACUUAUGACUUAUAUUAAGGAAGCCCAUGGUGGAGUAUUUCGUCGUGUGGUUUUGAGUGGAUUAAUGGACUCUGCAAACCGUCCUCAUCGAAAAGAGCCAAAUGUACAGACAACACGUGUUAUCAGGCACAUGCAUCAGUCAGAAGCAGAAGACCCUUCAGAUUUAGGCUCUUCAGCAUGCUACAUGGUCGAUGAGCGUGGUGGUCGAAAAUUAUUGUUCAAGAAGCGGAGCACCUCAUCUACUUGUGCUAGCCUGCUGGAAACGGAAAUGGGUGAAGACACAGGAAAAGCCAGUCAGAGUCCCCUGGGUAAUCUUCGGCGCAGACAACACAUUCUUACGCCUCGACAGAGUGAACGUAAUCUUGGAAUCUCUGAAUCAUCUCCAGCAACAUCCAAGCCUCAGACUAAGCAAAAAUUCCAGAUUGGUGGCCUUGUGAACUGGUUUCGUCGGGAGUAUGGCAGAACUGAAUCUACUGACAGCCAUGAAGGCAGCGAUUCUCCCAUUGAAGGAGGUUUUGUUCGACAGACAUCUCUGCAACAGACUCCUAAGCAGGGACCACACAAAGGUGCAGCAAGCCAUGUUGGUCAGACCUUGCAAAAAGCAAAGAAACGAGUAGAAGAUCAGUUGAACAAAUUUGGUUUUGGAAAAGGCAAGAAGAAAGAUGGGGGUGUGGAAGAGACAGCUGGAAGUUAUAUGAGUCGACGAAAUUCUCUGGAAACAGGAUACCACUCAAGGGAUUCAGAAUUCGUUGUAUUGAAGGAACGUAAACUUGUUCCACUUCGACCGGUGUUAGAAGGCAUGCAGAGAUUUGCAUUCUUGCUAGAAACAAACCAACCUGGCUCUGUACCUGAUCCUCCCCUUCUGGCAGCCUCGCUUGAUUUGCCUCAUGCACCAGUUGUUGCUAGAGCUGCACUGUUGUUGGAGUGUGCACAUUUUGUGCACAGCUGUAACAAAGGACAGUGGCCAGCUUGGAUGAAACUGAAUUUUCCAAUGUUUCGACCAUCAGGACCAAUACCAGCACGGGGUGUACCAACUGGCUUGAAACGUACUCAUACUCAACAAAGAACAGCUGGAAAAAUGUUCUAUCAGUGGGGUGAGGCACUUGGCAAUCGAUUAGAAGAGCUAUUACAGAAAGAUAAACAGCAUGUUCCAGAAGUUGUAUCUAUGGUUACUGAAGAAGGAAGGCAAAAAGAACUGCUUAUGGAAGAUGAAGAGGAGGAUUUCCUUGAUGAAGCAAGUGUGACAUUGUGUAGCACAAACUGUCCAAUAGCACUGAGGCUUGUUGCAUGCAUGCUUUUGUUGGAGAUAACAGCAUUUUUACGUGAAACAUACCAAACAUUACCAAAAUCAUCUCGGAGUUCUGCAAGAGAAAGACAGCCCCCAUGGGAACGGCUGUAUUCAAGAGAGGCUAAUCGACGUUGGAGCAUGGCUCUUUCAUCAAUGGGGCAUUCACAAACAUCAGCUCAAAGUCUACAGUCCAUCAUUUGUGACAGAGAUGCAGGAUUGCAGGCAGAGAGAAAAAUCAGCUUUGUGCUGCAUGAACCUGACAAUGAAUCUGAGGGAAGCAGUAACACCACUGUCACUAUACAGGGAGAAGAAAGCCAGAGUGAUGAUAAGAAACCAAGAAGACCUCCACCACAAGGUCGACCCUUUCUUUUGAGGCGGGGAACUGCUGCAGGAACCACUGGAUCUUUCAAGCGCCGUAGUUUAAAGCUGAGGCGCACCGGCAAAGAACCAAAAGAAAUUGACUGUGACUUUAUGGUGAAACGCACGGACUCCAUACAGUCAAAGAGAAAAGUAAGUUCACUCUCUGACCGCAGCGACACUUCAGAACAAGGAGGACCAGGUGAAGUCAGUGGUGAAGAAUCACCUGGCAUUCUGAGUGAUGACCAACCUCCAGAAAGUCCAAGUGACAGCAAUGACACAGAUGAUACAAGUAAAAAUCUCCCAUGGAUGAAGGUGGUUGUGCAGAUAUCCAAUUCAUUCAACUUUUAUUGCUCACAUCAAUCAUUUUGCCAUCCAUUCUGUUACAGACGUCAUAUGAGAGCGUGUUCCAGACUUAUAAAGUCAGUAAGAAGGGUUUAUGGAGAGGAGUUUGGUAUAGUGGGCAGUGAUGCAGCAGAUGUAGAAGCAGAGAAACAUCACCGUGAGGAUACAAAGAAAGAUAAAACAAGAAGUCGCAAAGUAUCGGAUCAAGCAAGUGCUCAAGCAUCACCAGUCCGCAGGAAAGACAGUAUGGGUAAAAAGGACAGAAUUGAUCGAUUGGGUGAAGGUUGUGCAACAAGUAAACUCAGUGCAAGCCAUCAAGAAUCUUCACGUGAUACGAUAGACCAGGAAGGAGAAAAAGCAGAAAAAUUUGAGAAGACUAAUUUCCAGUCACCAAAGGCAAAGAAAAAAGAUCAUAAAUCUGAGGAGAAAAUGAAGGAACCACCACCUGUUCUCAAAUAUAUUAAGCAACAGGUGCGUGAAGUUUUCCAUGCUCCACUAGCAGUACUAGUAAAAGGUGCUGUAGUACUUUCUGAGGAGCACUUUGUGAAUAUGCUGCCUGUAGCAUGGGAACUCCUACUGGAGCACAGCCAAGAAGUUGCUGCUGUAGCAGCUUCACUCUUUAUUCUUGGUGCUGUGCGAGCACCAACACAAGCAACAGAUAUAAUGCACAAUGGCCUCCAGAAUCAGACACCUGCUGUUCGUAUCAAUGCAAUACUGAGGUUUCAGGUACUGUGGAAAAUGAGAUACCAAGUGUGGCCACGAAUGGAAGAAGGUGCUCAUGUGACGUUUAAAGUUCCUCCCCCUGGAAUAGAAUUCACGUUACCAUCACCAAAGAUAGGUAUUGAAUCACUUCCUGUGGUAGAUCCACCAUGGAUGCCUCAAGUAAAAACGAAGGUUGAAGAAGUGACAAUCAGCCAGGAGAGUCAUCGAUCACUAGUAACUGCUACAAAAACUCGGAAAAAACAGCAAACUGAACUGAUAAAAAUGGCACUCCAAGCACAGGAGGAUAAGAAACGUAUUGAACGAGAAAAUUUUCUUAUAACCACCAUCCCAAUUACUGUUCAGGCUGCUUAUGAACCUAGUCUUUACCAUGCUGUUGGGGAUGACCAUGAUGAAGGAGGAGAUGAAGAGCAAGCUGAGAACCAGCAGAGGAAUGCAACCCAUCACAUCCAUUCUGCACAUUCACUAUUUCCAUCAUGUCUUUGUUCAGCUGUCAUUCAAAUUAUAAACCUUCUUGAUGAUGCAGCUGUUUCACCAGAUGGUAAUGCAGUGUAUGAGGUUGCUUACCAGGUUAUUUGGAAUUGCUUGGUGGAAGACAGUGCUUUGUUUUUGCGAUAUGUUCUUGAACGCCUUACAAGAGAUAAACAGGAUCUCAUGUUCAAGAUACUAAGGCAUUUGAUACGAUUUGUACCACGUUUACCUCAGCAAGCAGCCUUUGCUUUGUACAACUACAUAAUUGGUUAUGUGAUGUUCUAUGUGAGGUCACCGCAUGAGGAAGGACCACACCUUAUUGGCACAGCUCUUUCUAUUCUUUGGAUGGUAGUGCACAGUGUGCAUGGGAUUAUGUUCAAAGAUUUGAAGCAAAUUCUUAGGAAAGAGCAAUGUGAUGCAUCAAUUCUUCUUACAGCAAAUGUACCAUCAGCAAAGAAAAUUGUUGUGCACGGACCACAAGACCCAGAUGCUGGAGGAAUCCCUUCACAAUUUCCUGUACAAGAAGAUACCCAGUUUAUUCAAAUUCUUAAGGAAUCAUUAGAUUUCUUUGGCAUUCCUGAAUCUCGACACAAGGAGUAUUUCCUUGUCGAUUACAAAACACAUCAGAUCCAUAACCCAUCAUCUUACGUGAGAGAUUUCUAUUUUUUUAAACGCUCACAGUAUCCUCAGUUGGAAUUAGUUCACAUGAAACCUGAAGAAGCUUUCAAUGCAUUGCAAAAACAAGAACUGACACAUAAAUCUGUUGAGAUUGGAAAAGUUCUUCUCACUUGGGCUAUCCUCAAAAAUGUUGACAUGGUUGUGCAGAGAGUUGUGUUUCUCCAUGAGGAACUCAUGAAGCUUCCUUCAUUUCCAAGAAAAGCUCUGGAAGCAGACCUUGACUUGUACAAAGGAGGUGAAAUGGGCAAGGAACUACUGGGCCUUGAUGUUCUCCAUAAAUUCAUGUGGGUACGACUAAUAGCUAGAAUGUUUGAGGCUAUGGCCGGGAACUUUGCUUACUCAGGAGAUAUUCACCUAUUCCUCAAUGUGCUGAAUGGUGCCAUUAUACUACAUAGCGAGGAUGCUUGUAUCCUUAGAUAUGUUACAGCUACAUAUAUAAAUGCUGCACAUCACUUCAAGAACAUAUUCUCCACAAAUGGGUAUCUUCUUAUAAUGCCAACCAUGUUGCAAUUGUAUGCCAACCACCAGAUCAAUAAACUAGUUACCACUACAGUUGAAUAUGCAGUCAAGCAAUUCUACCUGAUGAAUCGUAAGCCAUUUAUUCUUCAGAUGUUUGGCAGUGUAUCAGCUAUUCUGGAUACUGAUGAAGAGAAAGAAUAUGGUGACCCACACAAGGUUCCAUCAAGCUGCCUCUUCAACCUUCUUCUUAGUUUAGAAACUCCAUCACCAGAUCCACUAAGUAUUGCAGAGCUUGUGAAAGAGGAGCAACCCUUAAAAGCUAUUGACUUCUGCUACCAUGAUGAAAAUGAAAUGGUCACAGUUUUGGACUGCAUUUCUUUGUGUGUGAUGGUAGUAGCAUAUGCUGCAGAUUCCGUUCGGGGCCAUCAGAUGCUUACCAUAUUGGAAGCCAUUCUCCCAUGCUACCUACAGCACAUACAGCUGCCCAGCUACAAGAAAGAAGGAAAAACUGAAAAAGAAAUAAUCCAUCAGUUGGCUGUCGCCAUGCGAACUCUUGUAAAUAAUUGUGAAGCAUUGGCAAAAAACUACAAUGGCCCACAGCGUGCAAGUCCAGAGCAUAAAGGGUCCAGCCAGAAAAAUUACAGCCGAGGACCAUAUUCCCCAGGAUAUGAUUUUGAAGAUGAAUCACAGUCCAAAUAUUUGAGUGACCAUAGCCGCAAUAAGAUGACAUAUGAGAGGGAUCUUGAAGAUUCAGAGGUUCUCCGAAAUGAAUUCCGACGCCCUCGUGAUACUUUGCUGUCAAUGGUUGCUGAAUUUCUCACCAAAAGCUCUGCUCGACUUGCAGAACUAAACAAGAAGUCUAGCCAGGAUGGCAAAACAGUGGAACUUCUUGACAUAAAGUCUCAUGUUCGUCUUGCAGAUGUGGCACAUAGCCUUCUGAAGGUUGCCCCCUAUGAUCCUGACACAAUGAUGUGUCGUGGUCUACAAAGAUACAUGAAUGAGAUUCUACCCUCCACAGAGUGGACAAAUGAAGCAAUGAGACCAGCUCUGAUUUCAAUUUUACGCAGACUUGAUAAAACAUUUAGCAAGAUUUAUAAAAAGCCCUCGAUCAGGCGUCACACUGACUGGGAAGCAGCUGCUGGGUUGUUGAAAGGCGUUUAUGAAACUUUGUCAAGAUAUCCAUAUAUUGUCCAUAUGCAACAUCUAAAAACUCUCAUUAAUACGUGCCAGGCUUUAAUUGUAGGCGAUUCGAGCUCAUCCAACGUUGGAGAAUGUGUGUCAUCAGCAACUGCUGCUCUGAUGAGCCAGGUCCCACCUCCACAUUUCUGCUCAAUUGUUGUACGUCUUAUAGCUCUCCAGAUACUUGCUAUUGGGAUCUUCAACCAAGUGACAAUGGAAACCUAUUCAUUGGAACAAGUUUGUGGGGGCAGCUCAGUGUUUCCAACACAAGAAAAAACUGAAAAUAUGUUGAUGAAUUUGCUCAUGCCCCUCUGUUUGCGUGUUGGAAGUGGAAGGAAAGAUGCACCACGUCUGCGACAAGUUGACAUUAGUUUCAUGCUGACUGUUGUUCUCCAUGCCCUUUGCCCCCCUGCGACAAAGACAGCAUCAGUUACCACACAGAACAUCAAGUCAUCUUCAGAAACUCGCACUGGAAGUCAUAGCUAUGGCAACAGAGAAAAUAAGAAGCCAACAAAAAUAUCAAUGUCACUCUACCAAGUGGCAUUUCUGGCUCUCAAGAUCAUGAUCAUAUGUUUUGAGAGUGAGUUAGUGACAGAUUGGAUAAGAAUAGCACGUACUAUCAGAGAGAUUGGACAGAACAAUGAAGGAGGACUAAUAUUUUGGAACUUCCUUGAUUUUGUUGUUACCCAGAGAACACCAUUAUUCAUCCUCCUGCUGCCAUUCUUGCAUCAAAAGGUCAAUCAGCCUCCAGCAUCAGAUCAAGAAAGACAUCUGCAACACAUUAUCAGAGAAAAACUGCGUGGACUAAAUUUACCCACGCCAAAAGGGCGCGGAUCUUUGCUGAUGGACUUAGCUCAUGAAAUGAAAGAACUAAAGGAAGAGUUAGAGGAUAAUCAGUAUGAUGAUCAACGGGAAAGUAGACAUGCUACAACAGUAGCUGACCCUCCAGUUACAGAACCCGCAACUACCACUUCAAGGCCAGGUCGAUCUUCUCUAAUAGCAGAUCUGUUAACUGGUGAAUUGGGCUGUUCUAGAGAAUCCAAUAAUAAAAACAACAAUGAUGCUGCUGGUGGCCACAGUUUACCACAAUCACAAAAGCACAGAGGCUCAGUGUCUAGUGUGAGUGCUGGUGAUUCAACUACAAGGGCAGAAUUAAAUGAUGCUGCUACAGCUGCUGAUACUACAUCAUCAGGUUCUCAUGGAGGAAAGACACCAGCAGAAAUAUCACAGCUUUCUUCUACUAGUGAUGAUCACAAAAUCUCAAGUCAAAAGUCUGAUGAUAGCUUGCCUCAACAAAAGGCAUCCAAACUUCGGUUUGGAUCAGCUGUAGAAUUUAGACAUUCUUCAGGUGAAACAUCAGUAACGCCUUUAAGUCCCGGCAGCCCCACAGAAGGAAGUUCAGGAGAGAUGAGUAGUCGCAGUACUGAUAAACCACGACUCCAAAGAUCUAAGGCACAAAGCAGGAAGACUUUCCGCCUACGCAAAAGCAGGAAAAGUCGCAUAGAGGUUUCCCACAUCAAAAUUGAACCAAGGGAAAUACCACAAGUCCCAGGACAGUCACCAACAAUCCAGAUGCCUGUUCUGGAAUUGGCUGUCACUGGCAUCCCACCAGCUCCUGGAAACCAGCCUCCUCCGCAGCUGCAGCGCCUUUCAAGUCGCCUCACUCGAGAAGGCAGUGAUGGCGGAAAAGAUGUAUCUUGGGAUGAUGUAUCACUUACAUCUAGCAUGUCAGGAUACAGAGAGUCAUAUUCAGCUCUGGCAACAGCUAUCGAAAGCCCUUCACCAGAUUCCGGGCGACGAGACAUGCCUUCCACAAGCAGUGCAGCUACAACACACAUUGGCUCACCAGACACUUCAGCUAAUAGUACUGGCGGAGAAGAGACUGCAUUGCUGUGCCGCAGUGAUCGUACAUCAUCACAACACUCAUUGUUGAUGGUAUUUGAAACUCAAGAUGAGGACACACUGAUAUGAGCUUACAGUGUAGAAAGACUUAAUUUAAAUGUCGUGUUGAAGUAUGCACCUCUGAGUAAUACUACCCACUUGUGUUACAGAUCUGUGUCCACCACUAUCUUAUUUCAUUUCAUCUCAUUAUUAAACAUUUUGCAUCUGCUUUGAUUGUGAAAUACAGCCUCCUGUGAUUUAAUUAGUUAUUUAUCCAUAGUGUAAGAAGAUGUUCCAUUACAGUGUUCUUUUGUUUAAUGGUUAAUAAUCCCCUGUCUUACUGAGAUGCUAGAUUUUAAUUUCUCACAGCUGCUGAACUAGUGAUAAAAUAAUAAAAAGUUUCAAGUUUUUAUUUAUUAUUUGCUGUAGAUCAGUAAUAAAAAUUUAUCUCCCAUAGGAAUAUUUUCCUCCCACAUUUUCCAGUGUCAGAUGUACCUUCAGUUUUUAGUAGGACUUGUUAUAAAAAAUUUACAUAAUUAGUUGGUAACUUGAUGAUAGCCUAUGAUAUGUUAUAGGUGAAACAAUAUUUUAAUACUAUUGUGGUACCAUAAGUUAAUGCACUGAUGCCUAACUGAAGUCAAAGUGUAUAAAUUGCAGUUGAAAAAUGAUGUUCUAA